GGCAGUCUUCAGGCGCAUGGUUUACGUAAAAGCCGCUUAGUUUUUAGUUUCUUCUAUAAAAAAUAGAUUUUCUUGCAUAAACUAAGUUGAGCGACCAUGGCGACUGCCUUGACUCGAUACUGGGCACAGGGAUCCCUCCAAAAGCAGGUGGUACAGACCGGCGUUCGCGGCUUUUCUAGUCAACAGAAGCCCGAAAUCGAGGAAGAAGAAGAGUUCCGAGUGCUGAGCUUGAGGACAGUGAAGCAGCAGUUCCAAAAACGGCGUGAAGUAAAAAAGGAUCCUGUGAUGCCCCCUCGCUCUAACCGCAUGGCCGUGGAUCAGGAUUGGACGGCAGCUUGGCCCGGACCUCGGUCCUUCCACCCGGCUAGUGUUCCACUGCCGUUGCGACAAGGAUUCACAGAGCGCGGAGCAGCUGCCCCCUCGAAGUUCGCCAACGCGGAGCUGAUGAAGAUUCCCAACUUCCUACAUUUAACCCCGCCGGCUAUCAGGCAGCAGUGCGAAGCCAUCAAGAAGUUCUGUACCCCUUGGCCAAAAGGCUUGGAGAGUGAGGCAAAGUGGCAGCGUCAUUUCCCAGUAGAGGUGACUACCACCGACUACCUGCAAGCUCUGCCAACAAUCAGAAACAUGGAUGCCCGGAGGGUAACCGUUUCUCUAAAGCUCUCCGAUCUUAAGUUCGAUGCUCAUGCCAGGGACAAGUUCCUCCGACUUGUUGGAGAUCGCUACGAUAAGACUACGGACAUCCUCACCUUCGUCACGGAUCGUUGUCCUUUGAGGAAGCAGAACUAUGACUACGCCCUCUACUUGCUAACAGCCUGCUAUCAUGAAUCUUUUGUGACCGAGCCGUGGGAAGCUACCAAGUCUGAGGCUGACAUGGAGGUGUAUCUUUUCGGCCGUAACAAAUCCAAGCUCUCCGCUGAGGAGAUCCUGAACUGGAAUGCUGCAGAAGGAGCGCCGAAGGUAGAAGCUAGUCCCAGUUACGGGCAGAGUGUGGAGCAGUUGAUCAACGAGGGCGAGAACGAAUACAACCUGACCAAAUACAAGGAGGAAGUCAAGAAAAUGUUGAACAUUGCCAGCCAGUGAAGUAAAAUGUGAAGUUGAAUUGUGGAAAACAAUAAAGUUGGAUGUUGUUAUUA